CGGAGGGCGUAUAAUGCUUUUCUAUAAUCCAUUCAGCUUUCCUCUUUCAUUGAUAGUCUGCAUCGCCUGUGCUCCGAUCUUUUACACCGCAGCAAUUUACGUGACGAUGGCGAAGAUUGUUGAGAGUCUCGAUUCGUCCUUAUCUAGAAUUCAACCUAGACUAUAUUACAUCAUUUUUAUUAUAUCCGAUGUUUUCUGUCUCGUAAAUUAACGUUUGCUAACUCGAAGACAUCAUGGUGUAGUGCGUUAUCGACAACAAGCUCGGGUCAGAAUAAAGCAGCGGUUAACCUAUCCCUCGCCGGGCUAAGUCUUCAAGUGUUCUCCAUGGUGGUAUUCUGUAGUCUCUUGGCAGACUACAUGUUCCGAUACUUCAAAAGCGCGGAUCGAUCGAUCAUCACACCUCGCCUUAAGAUAUUUCUGGGCUUCCUUAGCUCCGCGGUCGUAUUAAUCCUAGCCCGAUGCGCAUACAGAGUGGCAGAGUUGAGCGAUGGGUACACGGGCGACCUAAUCCACAAUGAGCCUCUCUUCAUUGGGCUCGAGGGUGUCCUUAUCGUCGUCUCCGUUCUUGUUUUAUGUGUGGGCCACCCCGGCUUUGUGUUCUUGCCAUUAGGAAAUGGACUCAAGGGAUCUGGUAACACCAGCGAAGACGAUGGAAUUAUGCUCCAGAACAAAUGAGUUGCAUGUAAGAAGUAAUUUCUAGCGACAGCGAUGAAUUCGAUGGACGAUAUAGAUUUUCCU